AUGAGUGCGGAAGACCAUCCAAGAAAAUCAUCAUCGGGAGGAGAGGCUGAAAUUAGUAGUAUCGGAUCAAGUCAUUCGAUCAAUGUUACAUCAGCAGACUCUUCGAAAUCGAAACACACACAACAACCGUCCAUCGUGGUUGAUUGUCCUACAGAAGCCUGCAUGAGUGCGAAUAAUGAUCCACAAGAUGUUCGUCAAAGUACUUCAUCGUCUAACGCUGAAAUCAAACAAUCAAUUAAUAACACUCAUAUUAUUCCUUCUUUACACUCGACGUCGCAUUCGGAACCCUCUCCAAUUCUAGAACCUCACCCGAACGUUUCAAGUUAUUUAGAAACUCCAACUCAUAGAAGGAAUCCAGUUUCUGUCCUUCGAAGUGCUCGUGGAAAUUUUGGUAGUACUUCCUCCAUCAUGGCAACAAGAGGUGGAAAAUCCGUCGCUUCACAAAUAGGAACAAGGAAAAGUACAGACGUAAUUUCACAUAAUACUUCGGAACCUAUCCUCACUACUAAUAACACCAGCAAUAUAGAGGUGUAUGAUAAUAUUUCUCUAUUAUCAAAAUAUGCUCAAAGCCACCUCGGAGGGAUAACAACAGCAGAAGCGAAACACCCAAUUAGAGGUGGAAUGCUUUUUCUACUAGUUUUAUUUUCAUGCUUACUUUUGUACAUAUCUGGUAUUCUCAAGUUUUAUGGAGUACCAUUCUAUGACCAAUAUGGUGCAAUUAGAUUAGUGGUUGAGGCAUCUAUUUUGACUUUAAGUUUGCUCUUCUUUUUUAUUGUUACAGUCGUGUCACACUAUCGAAGGAACCGAGUUGUCAUUAGUUUACUCAAACAUAAAUUUUCGAACCUUAAGAAACACGAUUUUAACUUUUCCAUGAAAAGUAAGGAUGGAAAUAUAUUUGAGGGAAUUAAUAUGAUUCCCUAUAAGAUGAUAUUCGUACUGAGAGAUAAAGCAUGGAGUAAAAUGCCUCAUGUAUUGCUUGUGAAAGAUGAUUUAAUUUAUACAGCCAAUACAAAGAGAGAUCUAGAAGAUAGUCACAUCAAAUAUGAAAUGGUGGAUAAAGUUGGUCUCUAUCGAGUUUUAGACACUCCCAUGAGUCAGUACAUUGAGGACUCUUACACAGACUACAGAAAUCAACAAGAGAAAAUGCCUUUGAAAAUUAAGCUUAAUAACUUGAUAUCUGUGCUAACCAUUGUGGCAUAUAUUGGCUUUGUACUUACUGUGAUAUGUAAUGUGAUACGAAUUGGUGUUGAGGGUGGAUCAUAUGAUUGGGUCACGCUCGGUUUGGUUCAGCCUGUCUAUGUGAGCUUAGUAGCAUUACCUAUUGCAUUUCCAGGCUAUUGGCUACUUUGUCUUUCUACCUCAAACUCUCGAUUAUUGUCUCUAUUCGAAAUUUUAAUGAAACCUUUGAAAAACGAAACAAGUUCAGAUCACCAAAAACGAGUGCAAAUAACAGAAGAAAAUAGACACAAACCCAUGAAGAUUCCUGUUGGAACGCAAUUGAAAAAUUUUUUCAAAGUCAUUACUACUGCCAAUGCUAGAUAUUAUGACAAUUUGACUGUACUUGGAACAAUUACUGCUUUAUGUUUUAUUAACAGAACAGGACUUUUAGCUGAUUUGUUAUAUGCUCCUGAAAAAAUUUUGUUCAUGAAAGGAGAAGAUGAAAGCAGACACAUGGGUGGAGAUAUGGGUGCAGUCAGUGGCAUGGACAUAUCUGAAGAUCAAUAUUCUGAGAUUAAUCCACAAACUUCAUCUAAAUAUCCACAGAGAGAAAGAAGAAACAGCACACCUAGCCAAGCAGUCUCUGUUUACAACAAUCCAGAAGAUUCUGCAGAUUUAGCAAGCGAAAUUGAGCUCAAAGAAAGUGACAAGAAUUUCAAAAGUCAAGGAAAUUUAGGAAUGGGUGACGAGGUAGAUGAAAUGGUGGGCAAUGUAGCUAAUGACGAGGUUCUUCCGUCUGAGACAGUUUCCACAGUCCCUGAGCGACCUGAAGAAAAUACUGGUAAAAAGAAUGAAAGGCCAAUAGAUGGACUUCCAAAAGAUGAAUUAUCAUCUCAUGAAAUUCCAUCUGGUGUACAAACAACUGAUGUUACAUCUCAUCAUGCUAUUCAUACAGAAAAACCAGAAGAAAUUGUUACUUUAGAUGUACUGUUUGAUAGAACUGCUUCGAGAGAAGUGGAUGUCAUUCGUUUUUCUGAUCCAAAUUGGAUGUCACAUACAAAUUCCUUAAAGCCACUAGGUUUAAGUCUUUUAGUAACGGGAUCAUCGCCAUUACCUGAUUUUGACAAAACUGAGGGAAUGCUUGAUGCAAAAUCCCAUCUGUGGAAAAAGUAUGCUUACUUGCUUGGAAAAGAAAUUGGGUUUUCAGACAGUGUGAUUGAGUCGUUUAGUUUUAAGAAACGUCUUCAUACUCAGUCAGCAAUAGGCGAAAUGAGCUCUAUUAUUGUGGAAUAUGACAAACAAGAAAAACAAUUGCAUUCUUUUGGUGAUCCAGAGGUACUUAUAGAAUAUUGCUCUGACUAUUACUCAGGAACUGACAUUAGACCUCUCAACAAACAUUUAAAAGAUAAUAUCUUGGAAAUUGUGAAGAACUGGAGAGAACGAAGAGAUUUAUAUUGCCUGGCAAUCUCUUAUACCCCCAUUGACCAGAAAUAUGAUCAUAUAGUGAAUGGAAAAGGAGAUAUCAUCAAUAUUUCACGAAAGGAGACAACUACAUCUGUAAAUAUUUCACACACUUUGUCUCCCUCUGCAACACCACUUGAUGAGCACUCUGAAGGUGAUAUUUUCGAUAGUGAAAAGUAUAUCAAUGCUGCAGAUCAUAUGCAAAGAGGACAAAUCUUAUUAGGAGUAGCUGCUUUUAGGCAACAACCCAAGAGAGAUUUGGCUGAAUUUGUUAGAGACUUACAAGAAAAUUGUGGAAUUAGAUUCAUCCACUUUUCUCAGUACAAUACUCAAAAAACAAAGGCCUUUGGAUCAAAAAUUGGUAUGGAAGUAGAUUGGAAUUGCUGCAUUUCUUUAAAUGAAAAAGAAGUGGAAUUGGAUUUAGAAGAUUUGAAGGCGAAAUUGCCACAUGGUAUUCAAAACAUUAGGGAACACUUGAAGACUGUUGAUGACGUACCCUUGCUUGUUUCUCUCUUUUCAGACAGUACUCCCGUCUCAACUAAAGAAAUGAUCGAAGUAUUACAGGAGAAUCAUGAAGUUGUAUGUUGUGUUGGAUCAUCGAUCAAUAUUAACAACUCGAGAUCAUUCAACCAAGCAAAUAUUUCUAUUGCCGUAGAUCCCAGUACACAACAGCAUUUAAGGCCAAUGGACUUUGACAACCUUCAAGAGGAAGUUUCAGAUUUACAAGAAGAUAUUUCUCCAUUCCUAUCGUAUCCUUGUGCCCUUCAUAUUACUACUCAUCAGUCGGAGACUCCAAUUUCAUCCUUCUCCGUUAUUUUCCAUCUCAUUAAGGAAGGUAGAAAAAUGGUACACAACAUUCGACAAUCUCUUGCAUUCCUAUUUGCAUCCUGUAUGUGUCUAUUUUUCAUUCAACUUUUAUCAGUUGUGAUGGCACUUCCUUCCACCCUUUUUACUGGCAUUCAAUUUCUUUGGCUUAUACUUGUGAUCAUUCCACUCAUGUCCUUCUCACUAUUGGGAACUCCAAUAGAGCCAAAGAUUAUGGAUUUAAUUUCUUCAAAGAAUGAAUUUAAGAGAAGCAAGUAUAUUUGGAAAUUGUUGUUGACCAUGUUACGAUUCUGCCUCCCCAUUCCAGCUGCAUUUCUUGUUUACUUUUGGACUAUCAUGUGUAUGGAUGAAACUGUUUCCAUCUCAAAUGUUGGAAUGAUUUGGGGAGAUCAAAUUCCAUCAGAAAUCAGACAAGGAGUAGCAUUCAACAGUGUUCUUACCUAUGCCCAAACGAUUACGAUGUUUUGUCUUGUUUAUUAUUGGAUUUUCCUCUCCGUUGGGACGAUGCAUCGUGUGUAUUCCAUUAUCACUGUGAAAUUCUUUUUGAAUCCUUUGUGGUGGGUGAUUAUGCCUAUUUGUUUAAUUUUACAAGCGCUCUAUACAUUCCUACACAUUAUCAUAUCAAGACCAUCGAGCGUACAAUCAUGGCCCAAUUACCCUUUCUAUGCCUAUAUCAUUAUUUUUCUCUUUCCUUUCUCGUUCAUUGCAAUAGAUGAGCUUAUCAAGAUUCGAGUGAGAAGAACGUUCUUCAACAAGCAACAAAAAGCAAAACUCAUGUUUGACACAAAGCUUGGAAUGUAUUCACCAAAAUAG